AUGUCUUCACCAUCCACACAAUUGUCAAGAGAUCACAAUCCAUCACCGCAACAGUUGGAUCAUAUUAGGCAAAUGUUGUUAACGCCACCCGCUAGCCGACCACCUGAAUUCGAGAAUCCCCUCGAGAAGAUCGAACAGUUGUUGACGUGUCCGAUUUGCUUGGAUCGAUACAAGUGA